UUGUCCAGUCAGGCUCUGUUUUGAAUGUAGCUGCUUGUGUUAAUGCUGUGCAGUUGUCUGGGUUUAUGGAUUCGCUGACUGUGGAAAAUGUACUUCUCUGUAGUGGUCCUUGUCCUGACUAAGGCUCUGGUCACAGAGGUAUGUCAUGGCCUGAACGUGACAGUGACCCCUGGGCCUGUUGUCAUGGUAACAGAGAGAGACAACGUGACACUCUCCUGCCUGGUAUCUCAGAGGAAGAGGAGUGGCAGCGUCCUCAUCCUACGCUGGUUCUUUUCCCCUCUCGCUGCUCCCACCCUGGCACCUCCUCCCCCCUCUCCAUCCCCGUCUCCUCCUGCACCCGAGCCCCCCCAGUUUCUGAUUGUGAAGCUGGGCAUAAAGAAAAUUAAGCUCUAUGGGAACUUCACCCGUCGUUUCCCUCAGUUUAAGUUUCGUCUGUACGAGGACACUGAGGGAGAGCUGUACCGGUUGCGGAUCCUCAAUGUGACGGGGGUAAACCAGGGUUUCUAUACCUGCAAAGUUCAGGAGAUCCGCAAACACAGAACCACAUGGAGGGCAACUUCCAAUGGCACCAGCACCACACAGCUGACAGUGCACUUCACCUAUGAAGAUGGUAGCAGUGAAGGACUGUGGCGUUUAUUUGCAGAUGUGUAUCUGUGCGCUGUGCUGAUUUGCUCACUGGGCCUGCUGUCUAUCUUCCUGUUCACUCUGGUUCUCACCGGCCAGUACUUUUACAGAAGACACAGGCUCAAAGCCAGCUACCUUCUGGUCAAGUGUCCAGAAAGCAGCUCAGGAGAGACUGUAACCAGCUCCAUCAGUUCCUCCAGCUCUUCCCCAAAAGCUCAAAGGAAAGCCACAAGACAGAAACCUGACAGAAGAGUAGCAAUAACACCACCUAAACUCCCCGCGGAGCCACCACCACACAUACCAGCUAAAGUGCCUGUUGCUGCAAAGAGACCUCAGAAGCCCAGAAGGUUAAAGGCUCACAUCAGGAGUUCUGCCACUCCUCGAGUACCACAGGAUGAUAGUCUGACAUAUGCAGAACUGGAGCUGGUCAGACCGAGGCCAGAGCCCCCAGCCUCCUCCAGCCCUGACCCCACUCCCUCCAGCCCGGACACUGUGUACGCUCAGAUCCUCUUCCAAGAAAAACAGCUGUAAACACAGCAGCUCUGGACGCAUGGAUGUCAUGGUACCUCCCGAUGAGGGCAACUGAACUGAGUGGCAACCAAAGGACUAUAUUUAUGAACUAUCAGUAUGACAUUUAGCAUUUGUUUUUUGGCUGUAAGUAUGCUACAACUGUUGGUAAAUGAGGUUUUUGUUUCCUCGGCUCAGUUCCAUUCCAGCACAGCAGUUUUCGGGUCUUAUAAUUCUGUUGUUUUGUUUGUUGGCAUUGCUGGCCUGUGAGCCAGAUGUUUAUAAGAACGCUCAUACUGUUAACUAUUCUGUAUAAACUCAGGAGACUGUGUGGAAAGAAACUGUUGUCCAGGCUCUCUUACUGCAGUAUCAUAAGGCACUGUAACACUUUUCAAAUGCUUGUAUAAAUACAGUACUAAUACACCAAAUUAAUAAAUAUAUGCCUGGGUGUGAUAUU